AAACGAUAAUGGCUGGGAUAAAAGAUUGGUGGCUUUGGCUUUUGCUGGUUCAGUUGGUAUGACCUUUGUGAUUCUAGCAUGUGCUCUACCCCAAUACAAAUUAUGGUGGCCCUUCUUUGUAGUUCUCUUCUACAUUUUUGCCCCUAUCCCUACACUCAUGGCCAGGAGAUACAGUGAUCACUCAGGCUCUAGCAACUCUUGUUUAGAGGCUGCAAUAUUCAUAACAAUGGGCAUCAUUGUCAGUUCAUAUGGAUUGCCUAUAGUCUUGACAAGAGCAUCUGUCAUUGAAUCUGGGGCCUGCUAUCUUACACUAGCUGGAAAUACAGUGGUUUAUGCAACUCUGAUAGGGUAUUUCCUUACUUUUGAUCAAGACGACUCUGACUAUAAUAUGUGGUAAUGUGCUGUAUGGAUCCAAUAAAUUUUCUCAGUACUCAAUUAUUUUUGUUGAAUAUCAUAAUUGCUUUAAGACUAAUGUAUUUUGUAAGAUAAUGAAUAAUAUGAUGGUUUAGUUGAUUUAUGUAUAGUGAGACUUAUUAUUGACUAAGUAAAUGUGACCUUUCUUAAGA